GUGGGGGUCCAGGGUAGGCACAGCCACGGAAGGCCGCUAAUGACGGCGGGGAGAAGGGGAAGAUGCAACAAGAGAGAAUGAAACGGUGUGGGGAAGCAUCCUCGGGGAAGUACUGCCACAGCUCGGGCGCACCCCCAUUGUGACGGUGCAGGGCGGCCUGGCACCAACAGAAGACAGAAAAGGAACGGCUUGGCAGUGGAAAAUAAGUGGAAUAUGGACAAGAAGUCCCUCUGCCCAAUGCUCCCCUCUUCGAGUUCAUUUCACCGAAGGCUGAGGCCGCACAAGCGACCCCAGCGCAGGGCUCGUGGCAACCCCGCUCUCGCCCCAGCCGCCAUACUCCCGGUACCUUUCCGCUGCCCGACCUAUACGCAUGCGCGCGCGCCGCUAGGCUGCAGACCAGCCCCACGCAUGCGCGACUUCGCUGUGGCAGGAGCUGUCGGGGCGACUGGUCCCCCUCGGGUCCCUCCCGGCGAUGGAGGGAGGCUGCUAGCUUCACCGGCUGCUGCCGAGUGGCUGAGGUGGCCCAUGGACCAGCCAGACAGCCGGGCAGGUGGCCCCGCUGCUAAAGUGUACCUCUGGGACCAGCCGGAGGAGGGCAGCCUGGGGAUGCUGCUCAGCUUAGAGGAACAAAUACUGAAUUCCACGUUCCAAGCCUGUGACCCCCAGAAGACAGGCUCCGUGACCGUCACCCAUGUUCUGGCCUACCUGGAGGCUGUGACCGGAAGGGGCCCUCAGGAUGCACGCCUCCAAACCCUGGCUUGCAGCCUGGACCCCAAUGGGGAGGGCCCCAAGGCCACCGUGGACUUGGACACCUUCCUGGCCGUCAUGCGGGACUGGAUCGCUGCCUGCCAGCUGGAUGGGUGGGUGCCCAAGCCCCCCAGAGUCCUUCCUGAGAUCGCACCUCACACCUGCCUCGCAGCCAGCGCCUCUAGGGGAUUAGAGCUGCAGGAGGAAACUGUCUUCGAGGGGGCCCUCGCCUCCCAGCAGCUGCCAUCUGGAUGCCCAGAAGCUGAGGAACCAGCCAGCCUGGAAAGCUUCGGAGGCGAAGACCCCAGAGCAGAGCUGCCCGCCACCUCAGACCUGCUGAGCAGCCUGGAGGACCUGGAGCUCAGCAACCGGCGGCUAGCCCGGGAGAACGCCAAGCUGCAGCGCAGCGUGGAGACGGCGGAGGAGGGGGCGGCGCGCCUCGGGGAGGAGAUCCUGGCCCUGCGCAAGCAGCUUCGCAGCACCCAGCAGGCGCUGCAGUUUGCCAAGACCGUGGAUGAGGAGCUGGAGGACCUGAAGACUCUGGCCAGGAGCCUGGAGGAACAGAACCGCGGCCUUCUGGCCCAGGCCCGCCAGGUGGAGAAGGAGCAGCAGCACCUGGUGGCUGAGAUGGAGACUCUGCAGGAGGAGAAUGGGAAGCUCCUGGCCGAGAGGGACGGAGUGAAAAAAAGGAGCGAGGAGCUGGCCACGGAGAAGGAUGCCUUGAAGCGCCAGCUCUGUGAAUGCGAAAGCCUCAUUUGCCAGCGAGACACCGUCCUCUCGGAGCGCACCCGCCACGCGGAGAACCUGGCCAAGACCCUGGAGGAGUACAGGACGACCACCCAGGAGCUGAGACUGGAAAUCUCACACCUGGAGGAGCAGCUGAGUCAGAGCCUGGAGGAGUCGGAUGAGCUCCCCGAAGGGGCGCAGGUCAGGAGAACGGACUGCACCGGGCUGUUGCCUCCCUCGCUGGGCGUGGAAAUCAAGGCCAUUCAGCAGAUCCAACUUCUCCAGGAACAGGAAGUGGCAGCCUCCGGCCUCGGCAGCCCUCUGUGUGGAGUGUGGCAGUGGGAAGAAGUGGUCAUUGAGACCAGGAAGGACGCUGAGCUUCCACCUGCAGCCACAAGUGGGGGACAUAGCGAGUUCCAGGGAGAGUCGGAAGGAAGGAAGGAGCAGUUGAUGUGGUUGCCCAGAAGAGAGGAAGAAGAGGAAGCAGGGACCGUGGUCCUGGCCGACCUCCCCAUGCCUCCCAGAGACCCACACCCAGGAGAAGAAGGCCCGGGAAGUCCUGAGAGCGCCAUGGAGCCCGACCUGCAGGGAGCCCUGGUGCCAGUGGUGAAGGACCUGGUGCCAGCCAGGAGCCCCGUCUGCGGCCAGCUCUACCUGCACCCCCAGCAUUCCCAGCAGCUCAGGGUCACUCGGCACCUCCUGAUCCCAGCACCAGUCCUGGGCCUGCUGCUGCUCCUGCUGCUGUCCAUCGUGCUGCUGGGCCAGUCCCCGCCCCCCACCUGGCCCCACCUCCAGCUCUACUACCUCCAGCCCCCCCCAGUGUGAGCCAUGGCCCCAAGCCAUGUCCUGGUCAGAGCAAUGUCCUGUUCAAUGAACUCCCAAGGCUCCUUCUACUGUUAUGCCCAUUGUUGUACCCCCUCACUUGGGACUCCCCCCUCAUAUUGGGGCCCCAGACACGGUGCCCAGGGUACACACCCCCAGGGUACGUGUUUACCUGAAGUGUCCUGGUUUUAACGUUGGUGACUACACUUCUUAAUAGCACACGCCCUGUCGUGGGUUAAGAGCAGGUUAUGUUUUCCUCAUAGAGCACGUCCGGAGGAGGGCGGCUGGGCUGGAGUGCUUGGUUCUCUGAUUUUUCUCAGCCCUUCCUGCUCGGGAGGUGGCAGGCCUGGUAGUUUCAUAUCAUGUCUACAGGGAAAAGGGGACACAUCCCUUUUGAUAAAGCAGUGGCAGCCACCCCAAGGCCAGCAGCAGCCUGGGUUCAUGUGUCAUCGUUCUAAGUGACCGCUCUAGCUGCAAGGGAGGCUGGGAGACCAAGCAUCUCUCCCGGCAGAGCGGGGGUGAAGGGGAGGCGGGCUAGGCACUCCUCACAGGUGUCCAACUGCACUAAGGGCCUGCAGGAAGUGAACUGACCCUCUUUUGGUCUCUCCGCAAGCACUUAGUGACUGUCCAUCGGCCACAGCUGCACCUUAGGCAGUAAAAGUGUAGAAACGUCUGUCCCGCGGUGCCAGGGUGGAGAGUGUGGGUUUUCUCCCAAGAUAAUGGGAACCUGGGGGGAGGGUGUUAGUGCUUGUUGUGAGUUACUUAUGUUUUCAUGAGACAUAACUUCCAUAGAAAUAAAUGGAUGACUGUUAAGGAUCAGCUGGAUGAUUUUUUGCAUGUGGAAAUGCCCAGGGAACCGAAACCCAAGAUAGAGAACAGCUUCAGCACCACGGGGUCCUUCAUCAGAAGAGUUUUGAGCAAGGUGAGGGCCUGUCACACCUGUUUAAGGACAGUGGUAGAGGAGCCAGCCAGGAGGUUGGGGUUUAGCCUCCCAGGUCACUGACAUCUGCAUUUAGCCUUGGAAGCCGAGCACAAGUGGUUGCAGUGAGGGUGUCCGGCAGAAGAACAAGAGUUAAGAUCGGGGGUGCGGGCCUCCUUGGUGGCACAGGCGGUUGAGCUCUGUGCUGUGAACCUGUCCGUAGCCUCUGCAGAGGGGGCUUGAUCCCAGCCUGCCAGCGAGAAUCCCAUAUGGGGCGGCAGACCUCUCCUGUCUCCCUGCUGCGCCCCUUAGCAGUGUGUUUCAGUCAGUCUGCCUGUUCUGUUCCCCACUCUGUCUCUGGUGAAUCUUCUCACCCUCCUGUACCUCUGGCCUGUA